AUGGCGACUGGCCUGGAGACGGAGGCCAAAGAGCCGGAGCAGGAGCAAGAUGGCCAGCCUGGCCCACCCCCAGGCCCGCUCGAGCCCCUGAAGCACGAGUUGCAGCACCGAUGGUGCUUGUGGCUCCAUCAGCAAGGGGAGAAGGCGCACCAGGGGACCCAGGCAUGGAACGAGAGCCAGCGGUCAGUUCACUCCUUCAAGACGGCGGAGGACUUCUGGUGCAUGUACCACCACGCCUACCCGCCCUCGAAGAUGGAGCACGUGGACUACUCGCUGUUCAAGCAGGGCAUCACGCCGGCCUGGGAGGACGCGGCUCUCAAGAACGGAGGCAGGUGGGUCAUGAAGCUAGAGAAGGUGAGGGCCCAGACUCUGGAUGACCUCUGGUUGUCUGUCGAGCUCGCCCUCAUCGGUGAGGCCUUUCUACCACAUGGCGGCGAAGUCGUGGCAGGGGCCGUGGUCUCCAUCCGGAACCGCGUCAGCAAGAUCGCCCUCUGGCUUUCAACAGCCAAGGACGAGAAGAAGGUGAUGGCACUCGGUCGCUACUACCGACAAGUCUUGGCCGGGACCCCCGGCUGCCAAGACUACAUCAACAGGGAGCUGACCUUCGAGGACUUCAAGAAGGGAGGCAUGACCUUCGUCCUGAGCAAGACGAACCCUGAUCAGCCUGGCGUCUUUCAGUGA